AUGAACGUGCUCAUUUCUGAGGGUCCAGCCGUUGAGGUCGUCAUUGUUGAUAUGAUGGUUCUUCACCUCAACCGUUCUGGUGAUCACCACCGCAUAAAUAAAGAAUAUGACCUGAGCUCCACACUUGGCUAUAAAAAAGCCUACCCGCCUGAAUAA